GAGAAGUUUAAUAGGUGGGUGCCUUGGCAUGGGAGCCCAUCACAGUGUUUAGGGACAGAUGGAAUAGUUUAUUGGGCUUAGAUUUUCAGCUGGUGUGUAUAUGUGUAUGCUUUUCUUAUUGAAUUGAUCUGCAUAAUGAUUUUAAAGAUUGUUUAACACCAAAUCCUACUGAUGGGAAAAUUUGUAUGCAGCCAGGGUGCACACCUGUGUUGAAGUCUAGUACUCGCUGUCUGGGUAUUGAGGGGGAGCACCUUAAGAAGAAAACUCCGACUUUGGAUAUACUGAAUACUUGACCAGUGGACAAGCAAAGGAGAUUACAGUCCAUUAUACUUGUCCACGAGUGGAUUUAUGAAGUUCAGGAGCAGAUGAAAAAGUGUUACAACUUCAAAUACUCAAGGAGAUUUGGGAUAUCUAGAUUCUUACCAGCCUAUCUGUUGUAGGUGAAGACAAGCACACGACAGGAUCAAAAUGGUAUUAGUUUAAAGCUCAGUGUUUUAAUACACUUUUCCAGAACACACUGACCUCACAGAGGAAAUAUGAAUGUAAGUUAAAUAUAGUUGUGGUCAUUUUUUUUCACCUGCGUUAAAUUGAGACAUCAGGUGUUUAAAAGCUAAACCGGCGCAGAGGAUAAUCAUUUAUAUUACACUUGUGUUAUCAGGGAUCAAUUUGACUGCAGGUUGGAUAUUGAAUUUAUAUUCAAGUUAAAUUAGAAAGAAAACAUUUCUUAUCACCGGAGUUUUACCUUGGAGGAAUUUCUAACUAUUUUUGGAGGAUUGUACCUUUUCUGGAGUUUACCUGCAGAAAACAGGUGUUGGAUGUGAUCAAGGAAAGAAGACAAGGUUAUGUGUUGACGGUUACUCAAUACUGACCGGAUGGUUUAGGACGAAGAGGUGGCAUUAGACACUUACUUUGGAUUAUAUGUGUUAGUAAGACAUGUGCCCGUUACUGGUGAACACUGCUGUCCAUUAUGUGUGAGGUGGGGCACUUUGGCCCAACCUUGUCCAGUCUAUUGGUACUGGUCAUCUUGUGUAUCUCCUGGUCAAAUUCUACCCACCAUCAUGUCCAGUCUUUCCCCAGGGAGUUUGACUUCAGAUACACUACCUAUGGAGAACUUUCCAACCUGCAGCAGGUUUUCCAUAUUUUCCGUAAUGAUGACCUGGAAGGUUAUGUACAGCUGACUGUAGAUAUCCCAAGGGACCAGCUCCUAGUAGGGGCCAGGGGCGUGUUGUUCCGGAUGAGCUUGGACAAUCUGACUGUAAUCCAAACAGUAGAAUGGAGAUCUACAGAGGAAACACGCAUGUUAUGUAAUAACAAAGGAGUAGAUCCGAGUGAGUGUUACAACUUCAUCCGGGUGCUACUGGUUCACGAGGACCAGGUGAUUUCUUGUGGGACCAACUCAUACAAACCCAUCUGUACCUGGCGACAGCCUGAAGAUCUCAGUAAUAUAACACAACAAGAAGGAGGUAUAGGAUUCUGUCCGCUAAAUCCUAAUGAAAAUUCCACAGCUCUGAUGACAACUGAUGGCAACUUUUACAGUUCAACACCAGUAGACAUCACAGGACGGGAAUCCCUUAUCUAUAGAAUUUAUGGUGACAGGUCACAGCUAAGAACAUUGGCAAAUUCUAAAUGGCUUAAUGAGCCUGAUUUUAUUAGUUCCUAUGAAAUAGGAGAUUUUGUUUAUUUUUUCUUCCGAGAAGUUGCUGUAGAGUAUAUUAAUUGUGGCAAAAGAAUUUACUCUAGAGUAGCAAGAAUUUGUAAGACGGAUCGAGGAGGAAAUGUGGUGCUGGAGGAUAAAUUCACGACAUACCAUAAAGCGAGAAUGAACUGCUCCCUGUCGGGCGAUUAUCCAUUUUAUUUUGAUGAAAUUCAGGCUACACAUUUAUUAACAACACCCAAUGGAGAUAAAUUCCUUUAUGCUAUUUUCACCACCCCAAUGAACAGCAUAGCUGGAUCAGCAAUCUGUACAUUUAAUAUGUCAGCAUUCCACACAGCUCUGACAGGACCCUACAAAUACCAACAAAAUGACCGUUCUGUUUGGGAACCGUAUGAAAACAUUCACCCUCUUAUAGAGUGUCCAUCUGAUGAAACAACAAAUAAGAGGACAGCUGAUGAUAGUCUACUCAACAAAGCAGAACAACAGAUAAUGAAUGCCCAAGAGUUCCAGAUGAUGGACCUAGCAGUACAACCGACCUCUAUACAGCCUGCCUUAGUAGGGCAGAAUGAAAGGUGGACACAUGUGGUGGUGGAUUACGUGGAGGGGAAACACCAUUCAUACAGAAUCAUGUUUCUAGCCACGGACACUGGAAGCAUACGUAAAAUUACAACCAUCCCCGAUAUCAAGGACACCUGUCUUCUGGAGGAGAUCAAAGUGGUUCCUAAUGGAGACCACAAACCUGUGAAGACACUUCAGAUAGACAAACGGGUGGGAGCCAUCUUUGUUGUCACUCAUGGAACCCUGAUCAGAAUUCCCUUACACAGAUGUGAACGGUUUACAUCCCGAGAUCUGUGUUUGAAUGCCAUGGAUCCAUACUGUGGCUGGAACCAAGCCAUUGAUCAGUGUACCACAGCUCCAGAUGGGAUGCCAUCCCUUCACUACUGGGAGCAGGCCAUGACCUCCUGUCCUGUAAUAGAACACCCAGUGGAUGGGUCAUGGUCAGUCUGGAGUUCUUGGUCAUCCUGUCAACAGAUGGUCAAUGAUCCUGCUGCUGGUAGAUGUCUCUGUCGCACAAGGUCAUGUGAUAAUCCUAAACCCUUAUACGGUGGUUCAGACUGUCCAGGGCAGAAUGUAGAAGUGGUCAAUUGCACCAUGCAUGGUCAGUGGACUGACUGGACUGAGUGGUCAGUUUGCUCCAUCACCUGUGGGUUUAAUGGUACAAGGACACGCCAGCGUUACUGUAGCAACCCUCCACCAAAAUAUGGUGGUAACCUGUGUAUGGGUCAUACCACAGAUGAGGGAUACUGUCCUGGUAACCCAAGCUGUCCAGAGCCCCCUGUAGAUGGAGGCUGGGCCCCGUGGACGGAGUGGUCAGAUUGCUCAGCAAAGUGUAGUGGAGGCAUACAAUUACGACGUCGUGCGUGCAGUAGUCCAAGACCCCAAAGGGGAGGUUUCCCUUGUGAGGGUAAUAUAAAUGAAACGAGGAUGUGCAAUACCUAUGUGUGUGAUGAGAUUCAGCGUGUGACACCGUGGAGCCCAUGGUUCCGAAUAAAUUCCACACAAACAGGGGCAUUUGAGGAACGAUUCCAAUUUACUUGUAUUGCAAAUGUGCCUGAUAUUAAACAGAUUAAGGCAUCUUAUGCUAAAACUCACAUGCGAUACUGUGACUACAAUAGUGGCGACUGUUAUCGUCCAGAUGAUAUCCGCAAUUUAACACAACACGGAGGGUGGUCGCCAUGGAGCACUUUUACCAAAUGUACCACCUACUGUGGGGGUGGUACCCAGCAACGUCACAGAUCAUGUGACAGUCCUCAGCCUUUUGGAUUCGGAAAGGACUGUAUCGGAGAGGGGCUGGAAACAAGAACCUGCAAUACACAUUCGUGCGAAGGUGAGUGGAGUUGUUGGUCUGAAUACUCUGCAUGCUCUGUAAGUUGUGGGCGUGGCACAAGAGUAAAGGUUCGGAAGUGUCAGAGUGCUGUACCAGGUACCACUUACACCCUUCCAUGUCCAGGCACCCACGAAAAUGUAGUUUUGUGUUACAUGGAUCCCUGUAACGAUACUUAUGGCUGGGAUGAAUGGUCACAGUGGACUCCAUGUAGUUCUGACGGAAUUCGGUUCCGACAUAGGUCAUGUCGUGUGAUCUAUCCAAAGCCUGACCAGUGUCAAGGAGAACGAGUGGACACCAUGGGGUGUCUAAACAAUGAUCAUGAAGUCAAAGUCCAGUCUGUCAUCGACCGUUCAAGUAAAACAGGACCAACAUAUAAAUUCUUCCAUCUAAUAGUUGUGGGAUCUGCUGCCUUUCUGUUCGGGAUCAUGUGUACGGUGGGUCUCUACUUGUGUGUGAAAAGCUGUCGAAGCUUCAGAAAACUUGAUCUAGAAAAGGAAAGAAGGAAAAAUGAAUCCAAAAAUAGCAAAAGUCGAAAAUCUUCUUUUGCAUCACAAUUAAGCUUAGACUUUCUGACUGUUAACAACAAGAUCUAUGAUUGUAGUACUUUACCACUACCAAAAGAAAGAUAUAUGAAAAGAGAUAAUUCCUUUAAGAAAACAAGUAGUCACACCAUGCUAAGAACUGACUUCACCAAUUUUGAUAUGUAACCUGUAAGUAUGUUGUAUAUUCCACCCAUUCCGAUGGGCAGCUAAACCUGAAUCACUUAUCUGACAAUUUUCCCUGAAUGAUAGUAACUAACAUGGAAUUUUUUGGUUACUUAUGUUCCGGAUUUAAGAAAAAAAAAAUACAAAAUCUUUACGGCGAUUAACUUUCUUGAAACAGUCAAUAUUCCUCGUCACCUCUGACCUGGAUACCUAUAAGAACUUGUUUCACUGUUAUGUGUAUGGGAUGAGUUUUUUGUGAUAUAUUUAUGAACGAUUAAGUUGCUCGUACAAACAUGUAAUACAAUUACGUGUUUUUAAAGCAAAGUAUAUAUGAACUUGUUUAUUUGUACUGUCUUAAUUUCUGAUUAUAUUUUCUUUCAAUAGUGAACAAAAGUAAACCUCAGGUGAAUGUGUAUGAUGGAUAAAUUGUUUUUUUUUUGUGUGUUAAUAAUUUGACUUUGACUACUAUAAACUUAUACAGUGAAAAUUAGUCAUAAACACCAGUGAAAACUUACCAGACCUUCUGAUAGAGUCCAAAACUUUCUUUACACUCAAACGCCAUUUGUUUGCUCUGUACCAAAAUUCUUAUCAUCUGAUGGAUUGACAAAUUUAAGAAUCGUCAUUUUGUGCUCAAAUUUGUGAGGUCCAACAUUCUAGAUGGUCAAGACAGGAGGUCACUAUAAUAGAUUUCAUUUUAUCAAAACAUAGAACUUAUGGCUCGUUCAGUAUUUCAUUACAAAUAGUACUUAUAGCUUCAUUAGUCUUUGUCAUAUCCAGGUCCAUAUACUGAUUCACAAAAUAUUAACUAGUCUUUCCUUUUGAUGUCAUAUUUUGUCAUUUUUUUAAAUGGCAAGGAACAGGUUUUGUCUAUUGAAAAAAAGAAAAUAGACAGAUAUAUCUAAUGCUAAUUCACAAAGGCGAUUAUUUAUAUUGAUGACUAAGUUGGAUAUAAUGACAGCAUUGCUCAAUGGCUUGACUGAGAUUAAUAUGUGCAGAUAUUUAUGUUUGUAAUCAUGUUUCAUUUAUUAUAUUCGAUCAUUUCCAUUCCAUAACGAAGCACUAUAGUAAACAUUCAUGAUGGACGAUAGAGUGCAUAUGUUUGAUCUAUGUAAGUAAGCAAUAUUUGUAUUUAUUAUAAGGUUUUUUAAAAUGACAAAAUGUCAUCAUGCAUAUUAUUAUGUUAUUUAUUAAUGUCUGUAUAAUGUUUUAAUGGAUUCUGUAAAUAAAUGUCAUGUAUUUUCACGAUGUUUUAUCACGAAUAUGUAUGUUAGUAUUUCUUUCAUAACAUUGGAAACCCACAAGACUCUGCUCUUGUAGUCUGACUCGAAUACAGAGAGCAGAGGCUCCUUGGUUUCUAAUAAUUUCAAUUUGAAAACCACACUUACUCUAAGAUAAAUCAAGAAUUCUAUUUAUGUAUUAUGAUGUUGAAUAAUUCAACGUUGAUGCCUAUUUGUUCAUUAUAAUGCUAAAUACCGAUAGUAAUCAUUGAAAAAGAAUGAAUUUUCAAUUUUUAUCUUUAUUCAAAGAAAAGCUGAACAGAUGACUUUACCAAGGUCUUUGGAAUAAUACCAUCAAAAUAUACCAUGUAUUUUUUACUUAAUGUAAUACACUUAUUUAAA